CCCGCGAAAAAAAUCUCUGCUUUAGAUUUUUGCAUGCUUAUGAGACGGCACGCCAAAGAAUCCACCAUGGAUACCCAAGGCAGUUCGGUUGUGGAACCAUUGACAGAGGUCCGCAUAGACGUAAACUCAUAAGGCAUGGCAAUUAAGAAAGCUUCCCAAGACGGUCGCAAACCAACUUCAUUUGAAGACUACCAAGGGAUCACGAAUCAAUCAAAAACUAAAGAGGAUCCCAUAGAAAUAAGUUCAGAAGGCCUGACAAUUGAUAAAGCUUCUCAAGAUGGUGACAGACCAACUUUCUUUGAAGUGUACCUGAGGAUCACGAAUCAAUCAAAAGCUUCUGAAGAUAGUGGCAGACCACUUGAAGUUAUGCCAAUGCCAGCGGUCAAUAAAGAUUAUCGACAAUUGUUUGUAGCCGCACAGAAAGGUGAAUGGAAAACUAUAGAGAAAAAACUCAAGGAAGAUCCCGAAGUAAUGACGGCCAAAGUUAUGAAAGUAGAAGAUAAAUCAGUUACUGUGCUUGAUGUUGCGAUUAUGGCCUCACAAGAUCAAUUGGUCGAGAACCUGAUCAAGCGCUUUCCUCCAGAUAAAAAAGAGUUCGAUUUCAGUAUUUCCCUCCGGAAUGCUGCCAUGAGAGGAAGAAUAAAAAUGGUAAAGGCAUUAGUGAACAGAGUUGAUGCUAAACCUGAAAGUGUACCCGAUGCACUGGAGAUUGCUACUAGAUAUGCUCCUAAGCAAAAGGACGUAAUUUGGUAUCUGGCCAAACUUACAGAAUCCGCCCCAAAUUAUGAUACCAUGUCCAACCUUAUUGUGGCCGGCCAUUCGGACAUAGCUUUGUAUUUAGCUAAGCGAUUCCAAGGCUCAGUGUUACGUGACGAAAACAAUAGCAUUUUGGGAUACUUGGCGAAGAUGGAGUCUAACUUCCGUAGUGGAGCUAGACUCAAUUUUUGGGAAAAAUCUAUUGAUAAAUUUGUAGGUAUCCUUUUAUACCUGGUCGAUAUUGACAAAUCCGAAGAAACGAAGAUGCCUCGAGGUAUUUCUGAUAAUCUGUUUAAUGGAUGGAGUAACACGGCAAAAAGCAUAUCAUCCAGGGAUCCCAUUGACAAAAACGUUAAGGGACAAGGACUACAUCUAUCUACACAAAUAAAUAUUUAAACCAUGACGUAUGUCACAAAUUAAUAUCUAAUGUAACAUUUGUAAAGUUAGUCGAGAAAUCUUACUCAAUGUCAAAUUGCCAAG